AAUCUUCGACUAUCUGGUCUUACACAGUCGUCUAUUUAUCUAUUUCAACUUCGAUCAAUCAACAGUCGUGGAUUUUCAUCCGAUUUAACUCGACCACCGGCCACAUUUUUCACUCUCAGUGAAGAUGGCACCGAUGUGGCGGUAGUGACUGGAAAGAGUGAGUCCAUUCCACGUCCAAUCAUUAUACUGCUUGCUAUUGGUGGGACGCUCUUACUGCUAUUCAAUUGUGUUUUACUCUGUUACUUACAACGACGAAAUAAAAAGAAAAAAAUUCAAGAAAAAACCGAAAUGGUACGAACGGCAAUCAACGGAGAAACUGUGCGACCAGUUCAGAUGUAUGGAACAAUGUUACAGGCAGAAGGCGCUCCACAUUGUGAACGAGAUGAGCGAGACAUUCCAGAGGCAAGUGAAGACGAUCACAGCGUACGAACGAUGAUUGUACGAAUAAAUCUAGAAGUGAAUCCGAACGGUUAUAUGCAACAAAUCGAUCCAUCAUUGUAUGAGCGAAACUGUCUAGUGCAAUAUGAGUUUGAUGGUGAGUAA